AAUCCAGCCAAUCACGCACGCAGGAAUCCGCGAAUUUGAUCAGCUCUCCGAGCUCUCCGUGUUUUCCAGUCGGCCUCCGUCUCGUCCCACUCACUCUCACUGCCUGAGCCGGGCGUUGACAGCCACCACUCCUCUCCACCGGUCAGCACACUGUGUCGUUUUUUUUAGUGACUACUGCAAGAAAAGACUCCGUGCAACUCUAUUUUAUUUUGCAAGACCACUCCACGUUCACGCACACUUUUUAAAGAAAAACAAACCCCUGUCUUUACCUUUCCAAAUCUUAUUUGCAAACAUGUCUGGAGAAGACGCACCUGUCCAGGAGCAGAACGCCGUGGACCAGAAACAGGAAUCCAAACCCACCGAAGAGCCCAAGACGGAGGUAGAGCCCGCUGCCGCCGGGGCUGCUGACGCGUCCGCAGCCGCGACGGACGCAGCUGCCCCGGCGACAGCGACUACCGAGAAGGUCCCCGAAGAAGAGGCGUUCACGUAUCGCGCACUGGUGCUCACCGGCUACGGCGGCUACGACAAAGUCAAGCUGCAAGUGAAAAAGGGCAAACCGUCCCUAAAGGCGGCCGAGGUCCAGGUGCGAGUCAAGGCGUGCGGGCUCAACUUCGCCGACCUAAUGGCGCGCCAGGGGCUUUACGACAGGCUUCCGUCACCGCCGGUCAGCCCCGGCAUGGAGUGCUCCGGGGUGGUGGAGGCUGUCGGGGAGGAGGUGACGGACAGAAAAGUGGGCGAUCAAGUGAUGGUGCUGAGUCGCUUCGGCCUGUGGCAAGAGGUGGUGGCGGUGCCCGCCAACCACACCUUCCUCAUGCCGGAGGGGAUGAGCUUCGAGGAGGCCGCCGCCAUACCGGUCAACUACAUCACCGCCUACAUGAUGCUGUUUGACUUCGGUCACCUGCGGCCCAACCAGAGCAUCCUCAUCCACUCGGCCGCAGGUGGCGUAGGCACGGCGGCCACGCAGCUGUGCAAAACAGUGAAGGACGUCACAGUUUUUGGCACGGCAUCGGCCAGCAAGCACGAGGCCAUCGGCCAGGCCGGCGUCACGCAUCCCAUCGACUACCGCACCAAGGACUACGUGGAGGAGGUCCGCAAGAUCAGUCCAAAAGGACUCGACAUAGUUUUGGACCCUCUUGGAGGAUCAGAUACCCACAAGGCCUACAACCUGCUGAAACCAAUGGGCAAACUCAUCACCUAUGGUGCCGCAAACAUGCUGGCAGGUCAGAAGAAGAACUUGCUGGCCGUGGCCAAGAAUUGGUACCACCAGUUCUCUAUCCACACGCUCAACCUGAUCCAGAGCAACAAGUCGGUGUGCGGCUUCCACCUAGGCUAUCUGGAGGGCGAGACGGAACUGAUCAGCCAGGCCCUGAACGCCAUCCUGGACCUCUACAAGCAGGGCAAGGUCAAGCCCCGCAUUGACUCCACUUGGCACUUGGAGCAGGUGGGUGAUGCCAUGCGAAAGAUGCAGGAAAGGAACAACAUCGGCAAGGUUGUCCUCAUUACGGAGCCGAUGCCUGAGGAGGAGAAGAAGGAAGAGGCACCGGUGGCAGACAAGAAGAAGGAUGACAAGAAGAAGGACGACAAGAAGAAGGACGACAAGAAGAAGGAUGACGGCAAGAAGGAGGAGAAGAAGGAUGACAAGAAGAAGGAGGAGGCCAAGAAGGAUGAGGAGGAGAAGAAGGAAGAGGUCAAGAAGGAAGAGAAGUGAAGGGGGGAGGGGAUCCAGAUUGGUAGUUUGGGGCUGAUGGAGGGAAUGGGGUGGGGAGAUUAAACCACUCUCAUUCCCAUCCAGAUCUCUUUUAGUGAUUACUCCUGCCUAACCAUUAAAAAAAAAAAUCACCUCAUCAGACAGUGAUUUUUUUUCUCCCCCCCCCCCCCCCACCACCUCCCGGUGGGUCGACCAUCUCCACCCACCCUCUUCCAACUGUGCUUAAUUAUUGUUACCUGCUCCCCCUUUUUACUGUCACGGACCUCGCGCACAGACAGGCACAAAGACGACCAAGAUGAACCGCACCCAGACUUCCUACCUCCCUCCAGUUAUGUCACUCAGAUGAGUCAGCGAGUCCUAUGAUUGGUCAACGCUCAGCACCAACAAGUAUCCCCUGCUAAUUUGACAGAGUGUCACAGUUAAUAAUAGUCGCUCAUAGAGAGCCUCUCUGUGUGUAAGAUUAAUUGGGCAGUGGGAAGAAGAGGGGCAUGUGGGUCUUUUUUUUUUUUCCAACUGCUGACGGCCACAAGCUGAAAGAAGCACUGUCACGCCGAGGCCUCCCUCUCGUUCCUUUUCAGCAAGUCUUGCCCGUCACCCCAAUCCAACCAAAAGGGUGGGGGUUCCCGUACAAGCCUCCAACCCCCUCUUCUUCCCGUUCCCUCUCCGUGGUCGGCAUAGCAACAGGCGUCAGGCUUGUCAAGAGAUGCCACUAUCCUUCCCCACAAGCGCCCCCCCCCACACACUUUAUGCCAACAAUGUAUCUCCGCCAUUUCUCUCUUCCUCUUAAAGUAUUGUAGGUGAUAACACUGAAAAGACACGGGCCCUUCCUCUCAAAAAACAAAUUCCUUGAUAAAGCCUAGUGAGUAUUGACAAUUGAAUGUGAGCAAGUUGUGGCUAAAUAAAGUGCACGCCGCCGCCUAGUGGUCGUUAGAAAACUUCUCAUCAUGAGCUCAGAAUUUUGACUUCAGGACACCAAACAAACCUACGCAAUCCAAAGAAUUCUUAUCAAUGAAUUCGUCAGAGACGUUUUAUGCCCUUUGUACUUGCUUUCAAUAUCCUCUUUUCGCUAUUGUCGUCGUGCCUUUUUCUGACUAAAAACCGGAAGACAUAUUUUUUGUUUUUAAAAAUACCCAAAUAGGUAACUCUUGCCGUCCGUCUGCCUGCCUGUCUGUUAGUGUGGGCGCCCCCUAAAUGGCAACUUGUGAAUUUGUUUAUAAAUGUAUAAAAAAUGUAGUAGAAAAAAAAAGUGUUCAGCAUGAGUGGCCUCCCUCAUGUUUUGUGUGCCAUUGUGUGUGCGUGCGUCUGUCCUCAGGUCAUCUAUCCCCCAAACUAACCAAGCCCAGCGCCAUCUUUAACCCCUCAUUCCCACCCCCCACCCCCAAGCCCCGAGUCCCUUCCUCUUGGGCUGAACAGGGAGGACAAAGUGGUGUUUUGUACGUUUUGCACUCUGUUCGCUGAUCCUAAUGCACUUACAACGAGGCGCUCGCAUCCCAGCCCCAUCCUCCAUCCAUUAACCAGAUUGUGUGUGGCGCCCCCGAGUGGGCUGGAGUGUGAGCAGAGCGUGGACCCAAGCAUCCUGUCAAGCUCUGGUUCUGAUGACGAAGAUUAUUGUUAUUAUUCGUGUUUUGUUUUAAUCUGCUGGGCUCCCUUUGUGAACCUGUGCAUGGUGCUUCUGAUUUGAGUGCCAUGUGUGAUGAAAGAAACGCUCCCCAAAAAAAACCCAAACGCGACCCCCACCCCUAAACAAAAAAAAGUAAUGUAGUAUUUUGUUGGUUUGUUUGGAGUGUUGGGGACCCUUUUUAUUAUUAAGCUGUCUUUUGUGUCCGAACCACGUGUGCCAAAUGACAAUGUAUAUUCCUCUUGUCAAUGCUUUGAAUAUUUACAGCGCAUACAAAAAAAAUAUAUAUACAGUAUGAAGCUAAGUGUGGUUUUGGAUGCAUUUUCAAUCCUCUUUAGAAGGCAAGAUUUCCAGUGCAUCUAACAAAUAUCCCAAACAUGUGCUCCGAGAAAGGGUUGUUGUUGUUUUCAUUUCUUUUGUUUUCCUCACUUUUGAUUGUCGGCUUGUCGCUCGAGCUCAUGGGCCCGCACUGUGCCAACUCCUCCUUGCACACAUCUUACCUCAGUCCAUCCCUAAACUAGACAGAAAAACAUCCUUUUCACUGUGCUCUACCAGCUCCCGUAAGUGGUCCACCAUGACCCGUCCACAUGUUUACAACCACGUCACAGUGAGAAGGAGCUGCACAAGGUCCAUUUUAACACUUCAACAUCAAGUGUACAUGAUGUGAGACUUGCUUUCUUUCUUAACUGCAUGAGCUUGUGUGGUGAGUGAGCGAGCAGAUGUUGUUUCGGGUCCAUACCAGACGUACUAGCCUGAUGUCUGAUCCCGUUUUAAAAAACAAAAAAAAAAAACCACUAGCUGUCUGGAAAGGGAAAUUUCAAGCAUCUAUCGAUGUGCAAUACUGUGAUAAAAUGUCUUAAGCCGCCUUCACAUCAUUUUUUUUUUACUCUAGAUCUGUUUAUUAAAAUAAAGUCAAGCAAAGGUUUUCAAACUUACUAAUUAUU